AUGGCUGGAUUUGAGUGGCAAAAAUUGUCAUCAGAAAUGUCGAUACGGUGUCCGUUUUUGCUAGACGUUCUUCUUACAGUCAUGGACAAGUCAAAAGAAGAAUGUAUUGAGAUUAUCCCACAACUUGGUCUUUGUUAUGCCAUUUUAAUGCAGACAAGAAAUAAGGAUCUCAGUUUGGUCCAACGACUGAACACUGUAUUGCUGACGAAUGGAAAUGCAAAGAAAGAAGUAUGUUUAAUAACUAAUAACGUCACACGUGUAUAUAUAUAUAUAUAUAUAGUAUAGUACACGCUUUUUAACUAUAAAUAUUCAAGCAAUAUUAGUAAUUGUCUCCAAAAGGUUUUUGUUAAGACACUACCGUUUUUGUGCGUUUAAUGUUCAACUUUCAGUUGUGACUGACCAUAAAAUACUAUAGAUAUCUAUUAUUACAUCACUUAUUUUAUAAUCGAGUCGGUUUUAUUUGAUACAUCGCGUGUUGUAUAAAGCAUAAAGCCAUGUGAAUAUAAAUUAUAUACAAAAUGAAGAAAUAUAUAGCAAUAUGUUUGUCCAAGGUCGACGAAAUAUAAGCAAAACAUUGUUGGAAAACCUCUUCGAUUAUAAAAUAAAAUAAUACGCGUCCUCGGUUUGUUUUUUUAGACAACCCGGUGUUCGAGGUAUUUAUCUCUAACAUGCAUGCAUAUUGUCCCUAAAUAACCUACAUUAAUUGAUAUUAUUAUAAUUACAUAGGUGAUUAUUAAAAAUUCUCCACGCUGAUUGGUUGCCGUUGAGGUGAUUAUAACGCGAUACUCACCUAAGAGAUUUUCAAAAUAGCCGCCGAAGCCGUUUUGCCAAUUAAAUGACGAAGAAAUGUGUAUUUUUUAUUUUUUUCCAAAUAAUCACCUAUGAAAUUAUACUAAAACAAUUAUUCACCUCAGGCUCGGUGAUUAUCGUGAAUAAAAACCUCGACUUCUUCUCGGUUUUUAUCACAGAUAAUCAUUUUCGUUUUUUUUGUCACAGAUAAUCACCUUGCCUUUGGUGAAUAAUUGUUAAUUGACAUACGUAUAUGUAAUAGAUUACUUGAACCUUAAUUCUCCGUUAUCUUAUUCAUGCAUGCAGACACCCGAAAUUUCACUUAAUCAAUUGUGGCCCGAGUUGUAGCUACUAGAGAGAGAUGAUCCAUCUGGACAAACGUUAAGACUAUCAGCAUAGUUCAUGCACGUAACUGUAUUUCUGAAGGAUUAUUCAUCUGAAUGUAGAUACGACAUUAUAUAGGGACCAUCACGAGAAAACCAUUGCUUUGGUACCCGUAACCAGCGGAAUCUAAGAAUAAGAUGGGCAGAUGGCAAAUUCAAAAGUUUGACCACAUAGCCAUGCAGUAGUACAUCAGUAUCGAUAUACUCUCGAAAAUCAGUCUACUUCGUCAGGGUGUUAGCCAGAAGUAAAAAAAAUCCGCGUUUACCUGAAUUUGUGAAAUUUAUUUUAGCCUGAAGCCGGGCAUUUCUUUGCGGGUCUGGGGGCAUGCGGUUGCAUCCUCUCGAUUUUUAAAAUUUUUGUGUCUUUGAAAUGGCAUUUCCCGUAUUUUGGGAGUAAUUUUGAGCAAAUGUAGUUAUAAACAUGUUUUUAAUGGCGUAUUAACAACAUUGAAUUUCUAUAACUAUUUUUUUGGCUGACCCAAAUUGGGAAAUUGCGACCUCAAGGUAAUUGGGAAAACCGCGUUUAACGCGGAAUUUUUUACUGUAGCUAACACCCUGUUCGUGUUGGUAUAAUUCGUGUUGGCUACGGAUUAUAUGUCUUGACGGAUGAUUCCUCUCUGGUAUAUGAUGAUCCCUCUCUCUUGAAUGUUUUUCAUCAUUAUAACUGUUGAAUAAUGAUGUGCAAUAGUGUAAUGUUGAUUAAUGUUUUUAUAUUAUGUUUAUAGUUGUUUAGACAAUGUCAAAAAAUGGGUGUCUCUUUAUCACAUCAGAGCAAAAUCAACAUUUUAGAUAUGAUUGGCAACCACUUUUCAGACAGCGUAGUUGAAGCUGUUAAAGAUGAGAAAAAACUUCAAGGCACCGGCGACAACUGGGAUAUGAAGAUACAUGUUCAUGAUAUGCGAUCAACCAAUCAAAAUCAAGAUCUACAUUACUUUGCAUCAAACCUGAUCGUUGAAAGAGUGCCAUGCCAAAAUCUGUCAACAACCUCACCUCGAAGGAAUAUAUCCGCACGCUCCCAAAUUCUGUUUUUCUCUUGA